UUUCUCUCUGAGUGAUAAAUACCAGUGCUGCUCCUCACGAAACAUCCAUCUACAGAGAGUAUUUGAAGCGUAUUUUAAAAUAAGUUAAAUCACGCCCUAUUUCCGAGUGUGUUUGGUUCUGGAAGCAAGUAUCUGAAAAAUGCGAGAAAGUCGUGUUUCUGUGGCACCAUCAGUUGCGAAAUCACUGGCUACAAACGCUUCUGAUCAUGUCCUAGUGAUUCCUACAUCCAAAGUUGAUCGCAGUAACGUUCAACAGAAAAGGCCAAACUUUGAAGCCAGCCGGAAUAGUCAGAAAUUUAGACCUCGAGCAGUCUUAUCCAGUCCCGAAAAUGAUCAUCUCAUUGGCGGGCAAGAGAUGAUUUAUUCCAAAGGUGAAUUCGAAACGAGCCAGAAGAAAAUAGGCCUUCCAUGUUUAGCAAAUUUUCGAAACGAAGCUUUCGAGAAAAAAAAUACUACUGUUCUUAAGCACAAGAGAACAGUUGGUCUGUCAAUCGAAAAGGACCAAGCUCCAGUUUCAUAAAUUUCUGCGAGUUCAUCAGCAGUUUUCUUUUGUUGUGUGCACAGAAAAUUGAUUGUGAUGCAUGAAUUGUAUGAUGAUAUAUUUGUAUGGUUUGUUUGCCACCUUUGUUUUGCAGAUUAUAAAUUCUGAUUAUUAACUGCUUUAUUGUUUGUAACUUGUAACAUGAAAUUGGAAAUAUAGUCCUCGGUUUUGAAGUUUCAG